AUGGUCGCGCAAAACCCGCUGUUCGUAGGAUGGAGUCUGCGGAAGUUCAAGGCCACCGUCAUAAACGAUAUCUGGCCGGAGGUUCUGUUCUUCACCUUGGUCGCCACCAUGGUGUCGCUGGUGUCUGAGAUGACCACACACAAGCUGGCCGUCUCAAACGGUUUGCUUACCGUGCUGGGUACUGUCCUCGGUCUGGUCAUCUCGUUCCGGACGUCGUCGGCGUAUGAGCGGUACAUGGAAGGUCGGAAGUUGUGGACGACCAUCUCGUUGGCGUCACGUAACCUGGCUCAGAUUAUCUGGAUACAUGUUCCCUUCGACCGUACAGACAAGAAGACCGGCCAGCCGAAGUCUCAACUCGAGAUUGUGAUCGAGAAGAAGAGCAUGGUGAACCUUAUUCAGGCCUAUUCCGUAUCUGUGAAGCACAUGCUUCGCGGUGAAGCCGGUGUCUAUUACGAGGAUCUUUACCCUCUCAUUUGCUUCCUUCCUCGUUACGCCACUCACAACUCCGACAACGCUACCGUUGAGGACAUGCUUCCCAUGUGGAAGGCUUCUGAGAUGGACAACAACAAGCACCAGGCCGCACACACUGUCACAACGUCGCGCCCGAUGUCGCCUGAGGGGGGCACCACCCGAACAAGCAACAGUGAGCGCUCCAAAGAGGUCGGCGACAUCUCUGAGGACCAAAUUUACCACUCGCUCCGCGGCCGCCAGCUUCGCAAGCCGAAGAAGUUUGACCCCGAACAAGUCCUCCCUGCCGUGUAUAGCGAGCACCCGUUGAAACCGGCAAGGAACCCGCCGAAGGAGUCCCUGUUCGACUACCUCCCCUUCCUGCGCAUUUUCAAGCUUAUGUUCAAGCCCUGCCGCCGCACCAAGUCUGCCCCGGUGCUUCCGACGAGCUCGGGCCCCACUCGUACGCUUACUGGCAAGAAGAUUCGUCCCGAAGCUGUCGACUCGAAUGUCCCGCUUGAGAUCUCGCUCUUCCUGUCGAGCUACCUCGCGUGGCUGCUCCGCAACGGCCAACUUGUGCCCGCCACGGCGUCGAUGUUCGCGACAAGUAUCUCGCAGCUCCAGGACACCGUCACGAACCUGGACCGCAUCAGGAACACACCCCUGCCGUUCGCCUACCAGGCACACCUCCGCAUUUCACUCUGGCUGUACUUGUUCUUCCUGCCCUUCCAGGUAUGGAGCUCGUUCCAUUACUUGACUAUUCCCGGCACCGCCUUUGCGUCGUUCUUGCUCCUCGGUUUCCUCGAGAUCGGUCAGGAGAUUGAGAACCCGUUCAACUACGAUAUGAACGAUCUCGACCUCGAUGCGUUCUGCCUUUCCGUCCAGCGCGAGCUCCACGAGAUCACGGCGCACUCCUGCCCGGAGCCCGACGAGUUCAUGAUCACCCCUUGGAACCAGCCCUUCGCACCCGCUGACAGACGCACAGCGCAGGAGAUGAUUGACGACGUCAACCACGAGUACCACGGCCCCGAGACAGGCAUGCGCACUAUCCGCCGCACGCUCCUCAAGAGUUGGUGGGACGUCGAGCAAAUGACUCGGGUCUAA